AUGCAUGCAGGAAGGGAGUUGAACCAACGCUCGAAGCUACAUUUCUUUGAUCUUGCCAUUGAGAUCCGACUUAAGAUCUACAAUGAACUACUCAUCGCCUCGGAAUCUCAACCUAUUGAGAUAAAAUCCUCCGAAACAAGUCCAUCGCAUUUAAUCCUAAGCAAAGAAUAUCAUCUCUGUCCCGCAAUUCUACGAAUCAACAAACAAAUCCACUUGGAGGCAUCUCCAAUUCUCUACUCCAGCAACAAAUUUGUGUUAUGCCGUCUCCAAUUCUUCUAUGUACCAGGUUAUAGGAUUAUCACUGGGUUUCUAGCACAAAUCGGAGAGCGGAAUGCUCUUUUUAUUCGUUAUUUAGAUAUCUAUUUCCCACUGUUUCCAAAUUCGAUUUUUGGACCCGGCCAGCCAUGGCCAGCUGGAAGAGAUAUUCAAGUUAUCGAUUUUGUUAUUAAUAAAUUCACAAAUCUUGUAACAUUUAAGAUAUCUCCAUGGGACAACUUACGAUUUGGUGGUGGCAGUAUAAGGCUGGCAGUUAAUUCCUCGAGAAACUCCGGAAGCAUUGAUUCCUUUGAGUCUAUUGGUUUGGGAUUGAACGCAUUCGAUGAAAGAUUCAAAGCCAUGCCAGCUUUGAAGGAGACCAUGGUAGAUUUCCAUGUGUCGAAUGCGUGGCCAGAUGAUUUAGUGGAUAGAUUUUUGAGGAAGAAGAUACACGGUAAUAGAUGGAUGUGUCAAGUUACCAGAGAAGACAGUCUGUCUGAGUCGGACACAGUUGGCUGUUACUUUGGAUUAUUCGCCUAG